AGUUCGAUGCCGAUGCUCACACGGUGAACACUGACAUAAUAUCACUGAUAAUCCACUUUGUGUGUGUGUGUGGCUCUUUUGUGUCUCAAUACGGAAAAUCGCCUUCGCCGAAAAAAGCACGUUAUCUAUCAUAAACGAUAAUUAUUUUGGAAUUAUCCGUAGCGAAUCCGUUCGCAUGAAAUGAUUAUUUGAUGGAGGAAAAUCUCGUGCCAUUUUUCAAAAUUCGGUUUUAAUUUCUGGCUUUGGUGAAUGUGAAGUUGAUUUCUUUUGAAUCGCUCGAUCAAAAGUGACACAAGAACAAAAUAAAGAUUAAAGUGACACUGAAACGUGUGAUGGAUUGAAUUGGCCAUGCUGUUCAACGGUUAAGUUUUGAAACGGGUGCGUAAAUUUCAACGAGACGGAAAUACAGACAAAGAAAGACAAUAAAUAUUUCGUAACGAGAUCAAAUUGCAAUAAAUUUCCGAAUGGUACCCAUAUUUCAUGAGGAAGUCGAUAUCGGACACUUCGCCAUAUAAAUCAUCUCUGAAAUUCCGGCACCGACAUUCUGAAAACACAGUGAAAUUACGAGCCAAUUUUUCGGAUGAUUGUGCAAAAGACACUAAAAAUAAGCAUCGAAAUUAAAAUAGCUCGAAUUUAGUUGAAACUAACCAACAUUUUACAAAUUGAUCACAAAUCAUUUUACAUCCCGAAACACUAACGAACUUUUAUGUGAAUACAAUUUCAGUUUGUUGUCGAAUGACUGAAAAAAAAAAUGUUAAUGCCAAUCUAUCAAGUGAUUCGAAUGAAUUAAUGUGAAAUGUAUGCGGUUGAUUCGAAAAAGCCACCGAAAACGGAUUAAACGAGUUCAUUAUCCGUCGAAAUCGUGACAAAAAAAAAAACACUACUACAGUAUCGAGAGCCGAGUGUGCUUAAAUUUAUUGCGGCCGAGUUUUAUGUGGAUUUCGAGGCUUAACAACAACACGUCCCGGAAAAGAGUAUCUCUUUUUUCACUUCAAAUAUAGUGAUUAAAUAUAAAGAGCGGAUUAAAAACAAAAAAGUGCGAGCGUAAAAAAAUGUCAAAUUGAAAAUUGCAAUUAACCAAAACACAUCUAGAGCGAGGUUUUUUUUAAUCGGGUGUCGUUAAUAACAGUGCUUCAGCAUUUUGUGGUUUCAAAUAAAAUCGAUAUAACAGCAGGAUCCCCACCCCACCCCAUGCAAGUGCAAUUGUUCGAAAGAAGAAAAAAAUUAACCCAUUGAUGAAUUGCAUUUUGCACAAUAAAAAAACAAUUAAUGUAAACGAUGUGGAAAAAAUGCGCAAAACUGUGUUUAAAUGCCGUUUGACAGAUGCAUUUAUUGUGAUAUUUUAUCAAUCCAUUGCCAAUUUUCCCGCAACAGAACAACACGAUUUUUUUCUCCGUCGCAACUCAAUUUGAUUACACAAAAACAACAGUGCUAGCGAUUUGUGAAUGGAAGCAACAUCGACCCGUUUGAUUGAAGUGGAACCCAGUGACACAUAUUUAAACCACCGUCGCAUCGAACAAAAAUUGGUGCGUUACAAUCGAAUGCAUCGAUAUACAGCGGGUGCCCGAAAAAAAAUAAAAAUAAUUUUCAAUGUAAAUUACAUUUUGAGCUGGGCCGAAAAAAAAUUGUUUCAAUUCUGCAAAUUCCCUGCAGAGUAAAACGAUCAAUCCAGUAAAUCAAACAAAUUCGAUUGUUUUACAGCGCCCUUCCAAGAAAUUAAUAAACAAUGAAAUUUUAUCAACAUUUUCAAUAAUUCAAGUGAUACACAUUGUGGUUGUGGAAAAAAGCUGACGAAAAAAUUCCAGGAACAAAAAACUCGUAUGCGAUUCAAUCGGGAAUAUCAACGAAAUUCAAUGAGAGAGGUGAAUUUCUGUUGUCACAAGAGAAACGCUUGAAGUGCAUGAGGAAUUCACAUGAUAAAAACAAUUUGAAUUGAAAGUGUUUUAAAAUUUAAUUCACGAAAGAAAUAAAAGAAAUCGCAGAAAAACCAUAAAUUCAGUUAGAGCUGUUGAGCAAAAACAAUCAAUUGAAUAUAAACUAUUUCAAUGGGCAGUGAACUUUGUGUAUAAAUUUCAUUUGAAUGAACACAAAUGAAUUUCAUUUCCUAGGAACUAGCAAUUUUCGAUGCGAUUUUUAGUCACAAAAAUCACAGAAACAGUAUAACAAGAUAAUGAAUGACCGUGAACAAUUGAAAAAGAAAACUUGAAGAAAAAAAAAACAAUUUUAAUGAAAAUUUACUUAAUUCAAAACGAAAUCAAAUUCAAACUUCUAACAUUAAAUUAGGUGUUAAAAACAAAGAACCUAUGAGUGUAUAUUUAGAGUCAAAGAUCUUUUGGGCAAGUGUGUGUUGUGUUAAGAAUAGUAGAUUAAAACUCAAACAACCAUAAAAUCUAGCAUAAAUCUCAUAAAAGUUUUAAGAUGUUUUAAGGCAGUGGACUUGAAAUCAAUUUUCAAAAUAUUAUAAAACUCUAUAAAACGACAUAUAUUUAUUUUAAAUUGACAUAGAAACGAUAAAGAAAUCAAAAAUUCGUGUGUAAAAGUAGAAUGCAAAUAGUGAGAAUGAAUACGGUGGGCCGUGUUCUGUUGGGAAUAAUACUGGUGCAGUUGAUGUCGUCGACGAUAUGUGGCGAUAAUUUGGCGUUGCUGUCGGGGACGCUGCGAACAUUUCAGAAGACCACAUGCGAUUCGGAACGAGUAUCGUUGGGUUGUCCGCGUGGAACAAGCAUUUCUAUUGAGUUGGCGCAAUAUGAAAAGAACGGCAUUGAUGGAUACAGUUUGUGUCCGACCGCAUCCACUGAAAUUGUCACUGGAACAGAUGCCACCGCUAAUGGCACCGCACACAGCAACGAGAUCAGCAACCACCAGGAAAGCUGUCUCUGGCCCAAUGCAUUACAGUAUUCGUUGCUACAAACUGCCAUCGAAGCCUGCCAAAAGAAAACACACUGCAAAUUCCUACCGGCUCCCAAGUCAUUUGGCGGCAAUCCAUGCCCUGGAGUAAGGAAAAUCAUCGAAUAUGCUUACAAAUGCCGUCCCUACGAAUUUCGCAGUAAAGUUGCAUGUGAGAAUGAGGUCAUUAUCCUGACCUGUAAUCCAUUUUCGCGAAUAGCGAUCUACAGUGCGAGCUACGGCCGUACGGAAUACGAGAGUAUACAGUGUACUCAACCACAAGGCGUAAAAGAAGAGACUUGCUUGGUCUCGUUUGCCACCGAAACAGUGAUGCAACUGUGCCAUGGACGGAGACGCUGUACCAUAUCUGCUGAUACACAAACAUUUGGCAAUCCGUGUCGACCCGACUCCCGAAUGUACCUCAAAACGGUUUACACAUGCGUACCGAGAAAAGUAUUGCUGGAAAGUUUUGAUGUGCCAAUCGAGUUGGACGAACAAAAUCAGCAGGAGUCCGAUUAUGAGAAUGAGCUCGAUGAAGAUGAUGGACACUAUAAAGAAGCAAUACCACCAGCGCCCAAACUACAAGGGACUAUACCACGUUCCGAUUCAAAUACGACACAAACGAUCACCACCAAAAGCAGUACCACUACUUUGGGAGACGUAAAAAACUCCGAUUCCGUUCAAAAUCAGCGAUCAUUUUCCGAAGCUCAUUACGACGAAAUAUUUUACAUAUGUUUGUUUUUCGGCAUCGCUGUGUUGAUUCUGUUGAGCUCCAUCAUGAUUGUGUUUGGCCGAAUCAUAUUGCACAAACGGAGUGCAAGUACAAUGAAUUCAGGCGCGGCCAGCGUCAGUGAACUUUCAACCACUGUCGAUGCAAUGACCAAACUUCAAUCAUCCGAUACAAUUGUUGUCACAACAAUGAACAACGACAAUGACACCAACAUCACGAAAACCGGCACUAACAUCAACAACUCUACCGAUAAACGCACUGAAAAUACAUCAGAUAUCGAUCUUACCACACCAAUAUCCAUACCCAGUAUAUCCAAUCGGAAUAAUCAACAGCAUUUGUAUAAUACGUACACGCCUAGUUCUUAUGGUAAUUUAGAGCCUAGCAGCAUAUCAUAUGCCUUAGUUACACCCGAUAUAUACAAUGGCAAUCAGACAAUGGCACUUCACAGCACUAUGAUGCGACCCCCAUCCAAUCAAACAGCCAAUGCUGCCGCUGCUACUGGAAUCUACAACCACACUCUGCCACACAAUCUACGUAAAGCAUUCCGACCAUCAUCAUCGUCACCGAUACCGGAUGUACCUUCAACUCUUCAUAUUUUAAUUCCGGCGAAUCCAACGCAAACGUUGAACCGUCAUCUCUACCAUCUCAGUCCAUUAUCACCGAAUUCAUCAACCACAUCAUUACGUAACACAUCGACAUUUUUGCCCGUAUCAAUUGCAGCACCUCCGACCGCUAUCGUUCCAGCUUCAAUUGUUACACCGACAUCAAUCCUACGGACAACAACAUCGCCUAGUUCUAAUAACGAAUCCAAUACGACCACCUAUUUAUAUGGGUGACUACAAAAUCUCCAAAAAAUUGUGAUAGUCAACUAAUUUACUUUUAUCUAUGAAAAAAAAUUGAAAAAUAAAAAAAAAAUCGAAUUUUCAGUAAAAUAUAAAAGUCUACGCUGUCGAAUCAGCGAUAAAAAAGGUUUUGAAUUUUAUAGUUAAACAUGUGAAAUGAUCUAUCAAUUGGUUAAAAAAAAAAACAUUUGUAUCAUUCUAGUUCGAGUUUAUUUUAAUGUUUUUAAUGGAAAGCAGAAAACACUGAAAAUAUGUACAAUUGGUUUAUUAGAGGAAGAUUUUGUAUCAAGAUGGUGAAAAACGGUGACUUUCGAUGAUAUUUUGUGAAAAAAAAAGUUUGUUUGUGAAGAAAAUGGAUUUUGAAAAAGCGUAAUAGAAGUUUGAAAAAUUGACAUUUUUCUUUGAGUUGGAACCAAAUGAAAGAAAAGAUGAAUUGAAUAACUCAAGAUUUUUUUUUCGGAAAAAUCGUUUAAUUUUCCAUUUUUUGGUGACACACAAUUUAUAAUGAGGCAAAGUUCUGGCAUAGCUUGUAACACACAGAUAAGAAAUGUCUCAUUUACCGUCGCCAAAAAAAGAGAUAAAAAUUGGAACAAUUUGCCCAAACACCGAAAAGUUAUUUGGAUUAAAUACUAAAGGACAAGAACUUGAAAGAGAUUACAAAGAGAUUUGUAUUAAGAAUUGCAUGUCAAAAAAUGGUCUUGAGUUGACUAUUAAAGGUAAUUGAUUAGAGUGAGAAAAAAUCUUCAUCGUAGACGAAAUUCAUUACACGUAACAAAUGUAUCAAUUUGUCUUGCAUCGAAGGAGAUUUAAUCGAAGCUGCGCGAAAAUUGAUUAUGUAAUGGUUCCGAUAUUAGCACAUACACAUGCAAACAUAACAUACACCGACAGAGUUAUCUAUCGUCUAUGUUUUAAAUUUACUCCAAUACCUAGAGGAUAGUUACAUGUAAUUCAUAAAUUGAAGUAAAAUUGAUAUGAUAAAUUAUUCCUCUAUUCUCGAAAAUAAUUAUUAUGAGUGUCACGGAGGAGACAAUUCGCUAAUAAAUGUAUAGUGAGUAAAUUACAUUAGAGGAAACACAGUUGCACACAUAGAGAUAGAGAGAGAGAGAGAGAAAAAGACGGGCACCAAACUUGAGGCAAGCAUUUCAUAUUUCAAAUGAAAAUGAUUUUGCGGUACUUAAAUUGGGUAAUUAAAUUGAGUUCAGUGAGAUUUUGGAUGAAAAUGAACAUCGGUGGAACUUUUAUAUUUUUCAUUAAAAUCCAUUUCGACGGUCGAAAAUCAAUUCCAAAAAAGGAUUUAUGCAAAUGAAAAAAAUCAACAAAAAACUUUAUGAUAAGGCGAUUUCCACCUUCGCACUAUUAUUGACCGUCGUUUAGUUUAUUUUAAAGUACUUCUCUAACAAAACGCUAGUCAUUUUGAAUAAAGCAACUUUACUUCAAGCACGUACAUAU